AUGGCAUCAGAUACUACAAACAAAAAGGUUGAGGUACCAGCAGAUUAUGGCAUUCCUUACAUGGUCUAUCUUCAGUCCACCCCAAAGUCCUGUAUUGGGUCUCUCAUUCAUCCUCAGUGGGUACUGACAGCUGCGCACUGCCCCUUACCCACAACAAUCCGACUGGGAGUUUAUCAACCCAGUGUCAUAAACGAGCAAGAACAGAUACGAAAUUACUCGUUGGCACUGCGCUACCCUGAAUUCAACUCACAUUCCCUGCAACAUGAUGUGAUGAUGAUAAAACUCUCUAAACCUGCUGCACUCAACUCCAAUGUGGGAACCAUAGCAAUAGCUCUGGAACCCUUACAAUUGAACAAUUCUUGUUUUAUCCCAACUUGGACCUGGAGUAAAUAUAAAAACUCUCGUGACCCUGAUAACCUGACCUGGAUUAACCAAUAUAUUCUCCCAAGUCACGAGUGCCUUAAUAAGAUAAAUAAACAUAUGAAGAAAGGAACCAUUAUGUGUAUGGGAACACCUGAUACCAUCUUGUCUAAAAAUAAGGAAAUUGCAGCCUCUCCAGCCAUCUGUGGUGGGAGAGUGCAUGGAAUCUUGUCCUGGACAAAAGGAAGUGUCACUUGGGGAAGACAAGGAUUCUUCACAGAAGUUCAUCAUUAUGCAGGAUGGAUUAUGCAAAAUAUUAAUACCCGAUGA